AGCUUAAAAACUUUAGUGAGAGGUGGCUGGAUUUGAGACGUGAGCAAAGAAAAUUAGUUCCAACAGAAAUCACUUCUAGACUUGGGGCUGAAAGAGGAAGAGAAAAGGACAAAAUUGAAGGGGGUGUGUCUUUCUGUUGUUUAGUGGGCUGGAAAGAAGGGCCUGUGGAAAUUUUGAGUGCAAGUCGGUCCUGAAAAGAUUCUUCUGUUGUUGCAGGUGGACACAAAGUGUUAGAUAAGACUUUAUGAUAGGGAGAACAUUUAUCUAAUCAGGACAUUGGAAGCAACCCAGAAAACGCAUUGUGAAGCCAAGGAGAAAUUCACAAUGAAGCCAAGAGAGAUUCCCAAGAUUGUGAGGGCACAAAAUGAUUCUAUUUACAAUAUGAGCCACUCCAAAGGAAUACCAGAGUUACCCCCUUUGCCCGGCACAGCGGCUGAGGAUCCUUCCGAACUGUACCAGCUGAUCCAACAGAGCAGCUACUACCCUUUUCUGAUGCAAAGAGCGUCCUGGACUUUAGCAGCUCCAUUUAAAGAGCUGUGCUAUUUCCGGAGCGCAAGCGACUCCAUUGCCAAUAACUACACCCUCUCCGCCCGCCACCUGAAGAUGAAAGAUCUACAGAAGAUCCCUUCGGACAUGAAGCCGAAAAAUUCUGCGGGGUCGGCAAAACAGAGGACAGCAUCUCCACCUCCAAAAGAAUACGCUCCUUCUGAGAAGAGGCCGAAACUGUUGCUGAAGAGUAUCGCUAAAGUCGGCGGAGCCCCCGCAUUUCUAUCUAAUCUGGAGGCACCAUGGAAGUGCCGUAAAAUUCCAGUUGUAGAUUAUUUGGACGAACAAUUUCUGACUCCAGAAGAGCAGCUGGAUAUGAUGCUCCAGCACGAGGACGAGAUAAACCAACAGGAGAUUCUCCCCACAGAAAGCGAUCUUGAAAGAUACUGUUACUACAUACAUAAUGGCAUUCGGAAAGACAUGCUGGCGCCGCAACCUAAAGAGGUGAUGGAAAGUAUUUUGGAGCAUAUCCCAAGUCAUUUCCUUGCCAAUCCAAACCUGGAGGCUCUGCUGUGCAGUUUGAACGAAGAGAUUGAGGAUGAUUAUCACAUCUGGCUCAUGAAAAAUGUUGUGGAUUACAUACUGAUGGAUCCAGGGGAGAGGAAAAGGCUCUUUAUCCGCAACAUCCCCCGCUCUUUCCCUCAAAGAGUUAUCCGUGCCCCUGUCCCAUGGCACUUUGUCUACAAAGAAACAAAAAAGUGGAACGAGGAGCACCUCUUCACGGUGAAUCCCAUGAUGCUCGCUGUGCAACACCUCUGGUUUACAGAGUUUGGCAAACUGAGGUUUGUUCGUACCCAGGAGAUACUAGACGGUGAUUUGCCGCUACUGCCUGGUGAAUUUGAAGAGCUGAUCCGCAAGCACUGUCAGGAAGCCCACGAGAUCCUGGAGAACAGGUGGAUCCCGAUGUGCGCGGACCUUUUUAUGGAACAGAAGGACCAGUGGCUUCACUUGGCUCCCAGGAAUGAACAUGAUUCUUCUCAAAAAAUAGAAGAAUAUUUCGCUUCAGUAGCAGUCCUGAUGUCCCUGCAGCUUCGGGAAAUGGUCGUUAAUUCAUUUGACGACCUUCUUACUUUUUUUAAGAUACACAAGGAUGGAAAUGACUUUGAAGAACCCUACCAUGAAAUGCAGUUCUUCGUACCACAAGUGCUGGUCAUAAAGUUGGAAGUGGAAGAGCCGUCCAUUGUGUUUCUGCCUCGUAUGAAAGACUGCUGGGAUUUAAUCUGCCGCUGCUUCAUGGAGAUCCUGAAGCAUUCUGAGGGCCUGCCAAAGGUGCACGUUAAGCUUUUCCCAGGAAUAAAAGAAGACCUGACUCUUCAUACUAUUCAAGAAGACGAAUCUUUGGUGGCUGAGUUCAUGGGCAAAAUGGCUGAGAUCUUUGACCGCAACAUAGUUGGUCCGCAAAAAUACUUAAAUGUGUACCGGAAGUACAGCGACCUCUUGAAUAACAACGCAGAACAAGAUGUGACUGAUUUUUUAAGCAAAAGGCACGAACUGGAUGAUUUUGUGGAGAAGAUUGAUGGCCUGACGAAACUGAAGAGAGAAAUUGCUUCCAUGCAUGUCACGGUCCCUCUGGCUAUGUUUUGCCUGGACGCCUUGAACCUGAACGAGGAGCUCUGCUUUCGGACUCAGAAGCUGAAGGAUAGGUUGAUUCAGUUUGAAGUCGAGGAAAACAGGGAACUGAAUUCCGGCAUUUGCAACCAGUACAACAUAAUUGCAGACAAAGUCACUGAAGUGCCUUUAACAACCGAAGAACUCGUCACGCUCACGGCAUACCUGAAAAAAUCCAGCGAAGUUACUGUUUUUAAGCUGCGGCGUGAGAUCCGCGAGGCUAUCUACAGGCUCGAAUUCCUGAUGGACUAUGCUGAUCUCCCAUAUGAGGAUAUAAAGCUGAACAGCACGGUUCUCCACUGGCCAGACGAGAUUGAGAUCAUCUUUGAAACCAGCAGGAAUCAGCUGAUGAACAGGAGGGAUCACGUGGAGCUCACGCUGAUAAAAAGGUGCUCUGAGUUCGAGGCUAUCCUGGAAGGCUACAACAGAGAAGUGGAAAGCUUCCGCAAGAAGGACAUCAUGACCAUGGAAGAGAUGAAAAAUAACGUGGAGAAAUUCCGCGAGCUGGAGAAGAAUCUGGAGCGUGCGCUGAAUGAAUACGAGGCAAUUAAUAAAGAAGAGGAGCUGCUAGAACGAGAGAAGAGUCAGUUUCCUCAGCUGCGGACCAUAAUCACAAACAAGCAGCCGUUUGAGCAACUGUGGGUGACAGCGUAUAAUUUUUCCAUAAAGUCUGAGGAAUGGAUGAACGGGCCUCUCCAGGACUUGAAUGCCGAGGAGAUCACUGAAGAGGUGGGGACCAUGUGGAGGACCAUGUACAAACUGACGAAGACCUUUGCGGAACUACCAGGGCCGAAGCGUUUAGCGGAGAAUGUGAAGUUUAAAAUAGACAAGUUCAAGCAGCACCUGCCGGUCCUCUCGAUCGCUUGCAACCGUGGGAUGAAGGACCGGCACUGGGAGCAGAUCAGCGACAUAGUUGGCUACGAGAUCAGGCCUGACGAAACGACUUCUCUCCUCAACAUGUUGGAAUUUGGGCUAUCAAAACAUAUUGAGAAAUUGGAGCCCAUUGGGGCAGCGGCUAGCAAGGAGUACUCCUUAGAGAAGAACAUGGAGAAGAUGAAAAUGGAAUGGAUUACCAUAUGCUUCUGUUUCGUCAAGUACAGGGACACGGACACCAGUAUUCUGUCUGCCGUCGAUGACAUCCAGCUGUUGCUAGAUGAUCACAUUGUCAAGACUCAGACGAUGUGUGGCUCUCCGUUUAUCAGACCAAUAGAAACGGAAUGCCGGAGGUGGGAGGAGAAACUGGUCCUGAUGCAAGAGAUCUUGGACAACUGGUUAAAAUGCCAGGCCACGUGGCUGUACCUGGAACCCAUCUUCAGCUCCGAGGACAUCAUCGCUCAAAUGCCAGAAGAGGGCAGGAAGUUUGGAAUAGUCGACGGCUACUGGAAAGACAUCAUGGUCCAAGCGGUGAAAGAUACCAGAGUCCUCAUUGCAACCGAACAGCCAAAGAUGUUGGACAGGCUCCGGGAAGCAAAUCUUCUUUUGGAAGAUAUCCAGAAGGGUCUGAAUACUUACCUGGAAAAGAAAAGGUUGUUUUUUCCAAGGUUUUUCUUCCUUUCCAACGACGAGCUGCUGGAGAUUUUGUCCGAGACAAAAGACCCUCUGCGUGUCCAGCCGCACUUGAAAAAGUGCUUUGAGGGAAUUGCUAAACUGGAGUUUACGGAGGACUUGGAGAUUACGGGCAUGAUCAGUUCGGAGAAAGAAACCGUUCCUUUUAUAAAGAAGAUCUACCCAGCGCAUGCCAAGGGCAUGGUUGAGAAAUGGUUGCUGCAAGUUGAAGACAUGAUGCUUUCCAGCAUCAGACAAGUCAUAGAAGAUGGCAUUGGAGGGUAUGUUCAGGUUCCUCGCAAAACGUGGGUGCUUCAGUGGCCCGGACAAAUAGUUAUCUCUGUGUCGUCAAUCUUCUGGACAAAGGAAGUAUCAGAAGCCAUAGCAGAAAGGACAUUACCUAUUUUUUUGGAGAAGAGCAACAUGCAGAUCGGAGAGAUUGUGGAAUUGGUGCGUGGAAAGCUAUCGAGCGGGGCCCGCCUGACACUGGGGGCGCUGACCGUCAUUGACGUCCACGCACGCGACGUCGUGGCAAAGCUGGCUGAGGACAAAAUUUCAGACCUGAACGACUUCCAGUGGAUUUCUCAGCUGAGAUAUUACUGGGAAGGGGGUCAAGUGAUGGUCCGGAUGAUCACAACAGAAGCCAGAUAUGGCUACGAAUACCUGGGCAACUCGUUGCGCUUGGUGAUCACGCCGCUCACCGAUCGAUGCUAUAGAACGUUAAUGGGGGCUUUGAAGCUGAACCUGGGAGGUGCCCCGGAAGGACCCGCGGGGACUGGCAAAACCGAAACAACCAAAGACCUUGCAAAAGCCCUGGCGAAGCAGUGUGUCGUCUUCAAUUGCUCUGAUGGACUCGACUACAAAGCCAUGGGCAAAUUCUUCAAAGGGCUGGCCCAAGCCGGAGCCUGGGCCUGCUUCGACGAGUUCAACAGAAUCGAGGUUGAAGUGCUUUCCGUAGUCGCUCAGCAGAUCCUCAGCAUCCAGCAGGCCAUUAUUCGGAAGCUCCGGACGUUUUUCUUUGAAGGCACAGAGAUUUCCCUUAACCCUACCUGUGCCGUGUUCAUCACGAUGAAUCCCGGGUAUGCUGGACGAGCAGAACUCCCUGAUAACCUGAAGGCAUUAUUCCGCACAGUAGCCAUGAUGGUCCCGGAUUAUGCCCUGAUUGGUGAAAUUUCGCUUUAUUCCAUGGGAUUCCUUGACUCGAGGAGCCUUGCCCAAAAAAUUGUGGCCACCUACCGCCUCUGCUCCGAACAGUUGUCUUCACAGCAUCACUAUGACUACGGGAUGCGUGCAGUGAAGUCAGUCCUGACCGCCUCGGGGAACUUGAAACUGAAGUAUCCGGAUGAAAACGAAAGCGUCUUAUUGCUCCGGGCGCUGCUGGAUGUUAACUUAGCGAAAUUUCUGGCACAGGAUGUCCCUCUCUUUCAGGGUAUCAUAUCGGAUUUGUUUCCCGGAGUGGACCUCCCGAAGCCAGAUUACGAGCGCUUCAUACAGGCCCUGAACAGCAAUAUCCACAAAAUGAAUCUUCAGCCGGUUCCGUGGUUCAUUGGGAAGAUUAUUCAGAUUUACGAAAUGAUGAUGGUGCGUCACGGCUAUAUGAUCGUGGGAGAUGCCCUGGGAGGCAAGACCAGCGCCUACAAAGUGUUGGCCGGAGCACUCAGCGACCUGAGCGAAGACAGUUCCACGGGGGAGAAUGCGGUCGAGUUCAGAAUCAUUAACCCAAAGGCUAUCACUAUGGGGCAGCUGUACGGGUGCUUCGACCCCGUGAGCCACGAGUGGACGGAUGGCAUCCUUGCCAACACCUUCCGGGAACAGGCCUGUUCCACUACAGAGGACAGGAAGUGGAUUGUCUUCGAUGGUCCUGUGGACGCCGUUUGGAUAGAGAACAUGAACACGGUCUUGGAUGAUAACAAGAAGCUGUGCUUAAUGAGUGGGGAAAUAAUUCAGAUGAGUGCGCAAAUGAGCCUGAUGUUCGAGCCCGAGGAUCUGGAGCAGGCGUCCCCAGCCACGGUCAGCAGGUGUGGCAUGAUCUAUAUGGAACCUCACCAGUUGGGCUGGAAACCCCUGAAGGAUUCUUACAUGAACACGCUGCCGUCCACCUUGCAAGAGACUCAUACAGAGUUGAUCGACGACUUGUUUCUGUGGCUGGUUCAGCCUUCGUUGGAUUUCAUUCACCAUAAUUGCAAAGUGAUUGUGCAGACUUCUCCCAUCCACUUGACCUUUACCAUGAUGAAGCUGUAUACCUGUUUGCUAGAUGAAAUAAACAAAUCAGGCGAAGAAGAAGGAGAAACCAUGUCCAGCCAGCAGAUCACCUUGUGGCUGCAGGGCCUCUUCCUGUUCGCCUUGGUCUGGACCAUUGGGGCCACCGUCAACGCCGAGGGCAGGAAAAAAUUCGACCUCUUUUUCCGGAACAUCUUGUUGGGAGCGGACGAUGACAACCCCCGCCCCAAAAGUGUGAAGUUAACCAAGAACAAUAUCUUUCCAGAAAGAGGGACCAUCUAUGACUUUUAUUUUCACAAGCAAGCCAGCGGGCAGUGGAACAUGUGGACCGAGUACAUCACGAAGGAAGAGCAAACUAUCGCUGCUGACACAAAGGUCUCUGAACUUAUCAUCCCAACCAUGGAAACAGCCCGGCAGACUUUUUUCCUGAAAACGUACGUGGAACAUAACAUCCCAGUGCUGUUCGUGGGACCCACCGGUACAGGGAAAUCAGCCAUUACAAACAGCUUUUUGGUCCAGCUCCCAAAGGUCAAAUACAUCCCGAACGUCGUCAAUUUCUCAGCCAGGACCUCAGCAAACCAGACCCAAGAUAUCAUUAUGUCGAAGCUGGACAGAAGGAGAAAGGGACUUUUCGGGCCUCCAGUGGGGAAAAAGGCCAUUGUGUUUGUAGACGACUUAAACAUGCCAGCAAAGGAAGUCUAUGGAGCUCAGCCGCCGAUCGAGCUCCUCAGGCAGUGGAUCGACCACGGCCACUGGUACGACAAGAAGGACACGUCAAGGCUUGACAUAGUCGACCUUCUGUUGAUUGCGGCCAUGGGGCCUCCAGGCGGGGGCAGGAACGACAUUACAGGACGUUUCACACGGCACUUGAACAUUGUUUCCAUCAGUGCCUUUGACGACGAAACUUUGACCAAGAUUUUCGCGUCAAUUGUCGACUGGCACUUUGGCAAAGGAUUUGACGUUUCGUUUUUGAGGCUCGGCAAAAUGAUGGUUCAGGCAACCAUGAAUAUUUACAAGCUGGCUGUGGAAAACUUCCUCCCGACACCUUCCAAGUCUCACUACGUCUUCAACCUGCGCGAUUUCUCCCGUGUGAUCAGAGGAGUGUUGCUGUGCCCGCACACUCACUUGCAGGAUGGAGACAAACUAAUCAGGCUGUGGAUUCAUGAAGUGUAUCGUGUUUUCUACGAUCGCUUAAUCGAUUCAGAAGACAGACAGGUGUUCUUCGACAUGGUGAAAGAGACGACUUCUAACUGCUUCAAGCAGAGUGUUGAUAAGGUACUAAGUCAUUUGUCGCCUACUGGGAAGAUCAGAGACGAUAAUAUCCGCAGCCUGUUCUUUGGAGACUACUUUAAACCAUCCAGUGAUGCCAAAAUCUACGAUGAAAUCACAGACUUGAAGCAGCUGACCUCAGUCAUGGAAUACUACCUGGAGGAGUUCAACAACAUCAGCAAAGCGCCCAUGUCGUUGGUCAUGUUCAAAUUUGCCAUCGAGCACAUCUCAAGGAUAUGCCGCGUGUUGAAACAGGACAACGGCCACUUGCUGUUGGUCGGCAUUGGCGGGAGCGGCCGGCAGAGCGCAACCAAGCUCGCCACCUUUAUGAACUCCUUUGAGAUCUUCAUGAUUGAAAUCACAAAGUUCUACAGCACGAACGACUGGAGGGAGGAUAUCAAGAAAGUCAUGUUGCAGUCGGGAGUGGCCAGCAAAAGCACCGUGUUCCUGUUUUGUGACAACCAAAUCAAGGAUGAGUCCUACGUCGAGGACAUUAACAUGCUCUUGAACACCGGAGAUGUGCCCAACAUCUUUGCGGCGGAUGAGAAGGCCGACAUCGUUGAGAAAAUGCAGAGUGCGGCAAGGACUGAAGGCAAGAGAAUCGACGCCACGCCUUUGGCCAUGUACAACUACUUCAUCGAGAGAGUGAAGAAGAAUUUGCACAUCGUUCUAGCCAUGAGUCCAAUUGGAGAUGCCUUCCGAAAUCGCUUGAGGAUGUUCCCUUCUCUGAUCAACUGCUGCACGAUUGAUUGGUUCAAAACCUGGCCCAAGGAUGCUCUCGAAAUGGUCGCCAACAAGUUCUUGGAGGAUGUGAAGCUGGAAGACGAAAUCAGGAAAUCGGUCGUGGCUAUGUGCAAAUACUUCCAAGAGAGUGUGAGAGAGCUGUCCGUCAGCUAUUACAGUGUCCUUCGAAGGCACAACUACGUCACGCCAACGUCCUACCUGGAACUGAUUCUGACCUUCAAAACGCUCCUGAAUAGCAAAAGGCUGGAAGUCGAUACAAUGAGGAAUCGUUACCUUGUGGGACUUCAGAAACUGGACUUUGCUGCUUCCCAGGUAGCCGUAAUGCAGAAGGAGCUGACUGCCCUCCAGCCCGAACUGAUUAAAACCUCUGCCGAAACAGAGAAAAUGAUGGUCCACAUAGAAGAAGAAACAGUCGAAGUGGAUGCGAAGAAGGAGCUGGUGGCGGCGGACGAAAAGGAGGCCAACAAAGCAGCAGCCGUCGCCCAAGGCAUUAAGGAAGAAUGCGAAGGGGACCUUGCGGAGGCCAUGCCGGCCCUGGAAGCUGCCCUCUCGGCUCUCGACACCUUGAAUCCUUCCGACAUCUCCCUUGUGAAAUCCAUGCAGAAUCCUCCGGGCCCCGUCAAGCUCGUCAUGGAGAGUAUUUGUGUCAUGAAAGGGAUAAAGCCAGAGAGGAAGCCUGAUCCAAGUGGAAGCGGUAAAAUGAUAGAAGACUAUUGGGGUAGUUCCAAAAAGCUUCUUGGAGAUCUGAAAUUCCUCGAGGGUCUGAAGACGUAUGACAAAGAUAACAUUCCGCUGCCCGUCAUGAAAAGGAUCCGAGAGAGGUUUAUCAAUCACCCGGACUUCCAGCCCGCUGUCAUUAAAAACGUGUCCUCGGCCUGCGAAGGCUUGUGCAAGUGGGUCAGAGCCAUGGAGGUGUACGACCGGGUUGCAAAGGUUGUGGCCCCAAAACGUGAACGGCUGAAGGAGGCGGAAGGUUUGCUUGCUGAACAAAUGCAGAAGCUGAACACCAAGCGGGCAGAGCUGAAGAACGUGAUCGACCGUCUCCAGGCACUGAACGACGAAUUCGAAAACAUGAACGACCGGAAGAAAGGCCUCGAGCACAAUAUCGACAUAUGCUCCCAGAAGCUGAUCAGGGCUGAGAAGCUGAUCAGCGGCUUAGGAGGAGAGAAGGAUCGGUGGACGGAAGCUGCGCGUUUGUUGGGUAUCCAAUACACAGACCUGACCGGGGACGUCUUGUUGUCUUCCGGCACGGUGGCCUAUUUGGGAGCCUUUACCGUAGAUUACCGCCUCGAGUGUCAGAAGAAAUGGCUGACAUUGUGUAAAGAGAUGGAGAUCCCAUGCUCUGAUGAUUUCAGCCUCAGUAACACUUUGGGGGAUCCAGUCAAAAUCCGCGCCUGGCAGAUCGCCGGGUUGCCAAUCGAUUCCUUCUCCAUUGACAACGGCAUCAUUGUCUCCAACUCACGGCGUUGGGCUCUAAUGAUUGAUCCUCAAGGGCAAGCCAACAAAUGGGUCAAAAACAUGGAGAAGGGCAAUAAGCUCUCUGUUAUCAAGUUGUCCGAUACGAACUACGUUAGGUCAUUGGAACAUGCCAUCCAGUUCGGGACCCCUGUCUUGCUUGAAAAUAUUGGCGAGGAACUAGAUGCUUUCUUGGAGCCCGUGUUGCUGAAAACAACGUUCAAACAGCAGGGUGUUGAGUACAUGAGACUUGGAGAAAAUAUUAUCGAGUUUUCAAGAGAUUUCAAGUUCUACAUUACAACUCGCUUGAGGAACCCCCACUACCUUCCUGAAGUGGCGGUGAAAGUUUGCCUGCUCAACUUCAUGAUCACGCCUUUAGGGCUUCAGGACCAGCUUCUUGGGAUCGUGGCCGCCAAGGAGAAACCCGAGCUGGAAGAGAAGAAGAACAAACUGAUUGUCGAGAGUGCCGCUAACAAGAAGCAGCUGAAGGAGAUAGAAGAUAAGAUCCUUGAAGUCCUUUCCAAGUCAGAAGGGAACAUCUUGGAAGACGAGACGGCAAUCAAAGUGCUGUCUUCCUCCAAAGAGCUGUCAGAAGAGAUCUCUGAGAAGCAGGAAAUCGCCACCGUCACUGAGAUGGAAAUAGACAACACUCGCAUGGGUUAUAAGCCUGUGGCUGUUCACUCAGCAAUAAUUUUCUUCUGCAUCUCUGAUCUGGCAAACAUUGAGCCGAUGUAUCAGUAUUCGUUGAUUUGGUUUAUUAACUUAUACGUGCAGUCCCUGGCAAACAGCAAGAAAAGUGAGGUUCUGGAAGACAGGAUCAACAACAUCAUCCAGCACUUCACGGUGAGCAUCUACAACAAUGUCUGCCGAUCCCUGUUUGAGAAAGAUAAACUUCUUUUCUCCCUCCUCUUGACCAUCGGCAUAAUGAAAGGCAGAGAUGAGGUUGACGACGAAAUGUGGCGUUUCUUACUGACAGGAGGGGUCGCUCUGGAAAAUCCUUACCCCAACCCUGCUCCGGAGUGGUUGUCUGAAAAAUCCUGGGCUGAAAUCGUUCGCGCAUCCGGUCUCAAAGAGUUGCAUGGGUUGAUGGAUCAUGUCGAAUCCAACAUUGCGCAAUGGAAAGCGAUCUACGAUUCUGCCAAGCCACACGAGGAGGAAUUCCCAGAUGCCUGGGACCAGAUCACGGGCCUCAGUCGAUUGGUUGUCCUCCGUUGCCUACGGCCGGACAAAAUUGUUCCAGCAACCCAAGGAUUCAUCACGGAUAAUAUGGGAAGGACAUACAUUGAGCCGCCUACUUUCGACCUCUCGGGAAGUUACAGUGACUCCAAUAGCUGUGCACCUCUGAUUUUUGUGUUGUCUCCCGGAGCUGACCCCAUGGCAGGAUUGUUGAAGUUUGCUGACGACCUCUCGAUGGAAAACAUCCAGACCAUUUCGCUGGGCCAAGGUCAAGGGCCCAUUGCGGCCAAAAUGAUUGACAGAGCCAUCGCCAACGGGACGUGGGUAGUAUUGCAGAACUGCCACCUCGCCACCAGCUGGAUGCCUGCUUUGGAGAAAAUCUGCGAAGAAGUCAUCGUGCCUGAGAAUACCCAUGAGAAAUUCAGAUUGUGGCUCACCAGUUAUCCGUCAGAAAAGUUUCCCGUUAGCAUCCUCCAAAACGGAAUAAAAAUGACCAACGAGCCGCCCAAGGGGGUCAGAGCGAAUCUCCUUCGAUCGUACCUCAACGACCCGGUUUCUGACCCCACGUUCUUUAACAGUUGCGGGAAGAAAGAAAUGUGGCAGAAGCUGCUUUUUGGGCUUUGCUUUUUCCAUGCUCUGGUGCAAGAAAGAAGAAACUUUGGCCCAUUGGGUUGGAACAUUCCAUACGAAUUCAACGAGUCCGACCUCAGAAUCAGCAUGCGGCAGAUCCAGAUGUUUCUGAACGAAUAUGAAGAAAUUCCAUUUGAGGCUCUGACCUAUCUAACAGGGGAAUGUAACUAUGGUGGGAGAGUAACUGAUGAUAAGGACCGACGCCUCCUCCUCUCCCUUCUUUCCAUUGUGUACUGCAAAGAUAUAGAAAUCCAGGAAGAAUACAGGCUUUCCUCUGAAGAGGAAUAUUAUAUACCUCCCUAUGGACCACACCAGUCUUACAUAGAUUACUUGCGGAGGCUGCCAAUUACGACCCACCCCGGAGUCUUUGGUCUGCACGAGAACGCAGAUAUCACCAAGGAUAACCAGGAGACCAACCUGCUUUUCAACAGCGUCUUGUUGACUCUGCCCAGGCAAGCAGGGGGAGGAGGCAAAUCCCCACAGGAAACUGUUGAGGAAUUGGCCCAGGAUAUCCUUUCCAAGCUACCGAACGAUUUUGACUUGGAAAGCGUGAUGGCGAAGUACCCAGUGCUUUACCAGGAGUCCAUGAAUACGGUCCUGCGGCAAGAACUAAUCCGAUUCAACAGGCUUACUGAAGUGGUGCGGAGCAGCCUCAUCAGCCUGGGCAAAGCCAUCAAGGGCCAAGUGCUGAUGUCUUCGGAACUCGAGGACGUCUUCAACAGCAUGUUGGUGGGCAAAGUGCCGCCGAUGUGGGCGGCCAAGUCCUACCCAUCGCUGAAGCCGCUGGGGAGUUACAUGUCCGACCUCCUCACACGACUGGCCUUCUUCCAGGAUUGGAUCAACCACGGACCCCCGAAUGUGUUUUGGAUAUCAGGGUUCUACUUUACUCAGUCAUUUCUGACGGGCGUUUCGCAGAACUAUGCUAGAAAAUACACCAUCCCGAUAGAUCAUAUUGGAUUUGAAUUCGAGAUGACCAGGCAGGAGCACAGCAUGGCAGCCAUGCCCGAAGACGGGGCCUACGUAAAAGGGCUGUUCCUGGAAGGAGCCCGAUGGGACCGGGAAACCAUGCAGAUUGGCGAGUCUUUCCCCAAAAUCCUUUACGAUUCUCUUCCCAUCAUUUGGCUGAAACCUGGAGAGAGCUCGAACUUUCUGCACUCGGGGAUAUAUACCUGCCCUGUCUACAAAACCAGUGCCCGGAGAGGCACCUUAUCUACCACAGGGCACUCCACCAAUUACGUUGUCUCCAUCGAGAUUCCUUCAGACCUUCCCCAGAAGCACUGGAUCAACCGGGGAGUUGCGGCCCUUUGCCAGCUAGAUGACUAAAUUUGUUUAGGACGCCCUGUGCUGGCACACGUUCUGAUUAAAAA